CAUGUCAGAGAGGCUGUGAAAAUGCUUAACUUGGAGGUUAAAGCUUAUGCAGGCAUAGUUUCUUCCCUCUGCCAAGAUAUGUCUGAUGGUGAAAAAUCGGAAUUUCGCUCAAAGAGAAAAAAGAGAAAAUCUGUGCCAUCCAACACAAGAGAGAGGAAUUCAGGUAGUGCUGGCCGCAGUGCAGCCAUUAGUGGCGGUGAGCCUGAGCGGGAAGAUGAACAAUUGCUGCACCUGAGUCGUGGGAGGGAUGAUGCUGUGAAUAAGACGGAACAACCUUCUCAUUCCGAGCCUGCAAGAGAUGAUCAGCCUCGGAGUUUGAAUCCUAAAAACGAAAAAAAUUUUGAAGGGGUGCGUGUGGAGGAUUAUGGGAAGGAAUUAAUUAAUGCAAGAAUUAUGGUUUGGUGGCCGUUGGACAGAACGUUUUACACCGGCACUGUCGUGUCGUAUGAUCCUGAACAGAAAAAGCACAUGGUUCUCUACGAUGAUGACGAUGAGGAGACGCUGGACCUAAAGAAUGAAAGAUGGGAAUUCUUUAAAGAAAGACAUUAAGCAUUUUCUUGGCAUCCUAAAGCUUUCUGGGAACUGCGUCCAUUUUAGACGCAACAGGCUCCAGCCAACAACGCCCAUGCCCCAUCCUCUUGGGAACAGCCUACUAACAGGAUGCAGAAAACAGCAAGCAGGCAGAGAGGAUGGCUGGCUGUUGGGAAGAUCUUAAUCACCCAUAAGGCUGGGUUGGGUUCGAUCUUGUCAGCAGGAUUCCAAUGCUGUCUUUUACUGCUUUGUGAUGAACAACGUCUUGGCUGACUGCACAGUGACUCCGGCCACGAGAUGAAUAGUACUUAUCCUAACAUUAUACUUUGCCAAACAAGUGGUUGG